UUUGCUUAUUUCACUUUGGAAUUUCACGUCGACGUCGCAGUCGAUAGCCCAAAAUAAAAGCGUCCUCUAUUUAACUCCAGUGCAGCAGCAGCAGCAGAGCCAGCCGGUAGCCAGCAGCAGAGCAGCGCAAAGCAAAACACCUACACAGUUACAUUUUCCAGAUCGAACUAUACGCGAAUCUCAAACAUGACCACAUACUUCAACUAUCCCAGCAAGGAGCUGCAGGAGGAGCUCAAGACCAUCGCCCAGGCGAUCGUCGCUCCCGGCAAGGGUAUCCUCGCCGCCGAUGAGUCCGUGUCGACCAUGGGCAAGCGUCUUAAGGACAUUGGCGUGGAGAACUCCGAGGAGAACCGUCGCGCUUACCGCCAGCUUCUGUUCACCACUGACGAUAAGUUGUCUGAGAACAUCUCUGGCGUUAUCUUGUUCGACGAGACUCUGUACCAGAAGGCCGAUGAUGGCACUCCCUUCGUUCAGCUGCUGAAGAAGAAGGGCAUCAUUCCCGGCAUCAAGGUCGACAAGGGUGUUGUCCCACUGUUCGGCUCUGAGGAUGAGUCGACCACCCAGGGUCUGGAUGAUUUGGCUGCCCGUUGCGCCAAGUACAAGAAGGAGGGUUGCGAUUUCGCCAAGUGGCGUUGCGUGCUGAAGAUCGGAAAGAACACCCCCUCAUACCAGUCCAUUCUGGAGAACGCCAACGUGUUGGCCCGUUAUGCCUCCAUCUGCCAGUCGGAGCGCAUCGUCCCCAUUGUUGAGCCUGAGGUGCUUCCCGAUGGCGAUCACGAUCUGGACCGUGCCCAGAAGGUCACCGAGACCGUCCUGGCUGCCGUCUACAAGGCCCUGAACGAUCACCACGUCUACCUGGAGGGUACUCUGCUGAAGCCCAACAUGGUCACUGCUGGUCAGUCUGCCGCGAAAAAGAACACACCCGAGGAGAUUGGCUUGGCCACCGUUCAGGCUCUGCGCCGCACCGUGCCCGCUGCCGUUCCCGGCGUCACCUUCCUGUCUGGUGGUCAGUCCGAGGAGGAGGCCUCCGUCAACUUGAGCGCCAUCAACAAAGUUCCUCUCGGUCGCCCAUGGGCUCUGACCUUCUCGUACGGUCGUGCCCUGCAAGCCUCUGUGCUCCGCGCAUGGGGUGGCAAGAAGGAGAACAUUGGUGCUGGCCAGAACGAGCUGCUCAAGCGCGCCAAGGCUAAUGCCCAAGCUUGCCAAGGCAAAUACGUGGCCGGUUCGAUACCCUCGUAUGCGGCUAAUGCCAGUCUCUUCAUUGCUGGCCACAAAUACUAAAAAUAUUAAAUCCUAUUUGGCCAAAUGCAAGUGCAAUAGCUUACCCAAAGGCCUGCUAAACUGUGCUGCGAUCAGACUACAUUCCAGAGAGCCACAAACACACACACAGAAAUGGAGAUAACGAUAUUUCUUUUACACUCUUUUAUAAACUUUUUUUAAUUUUAUCAUUUAGAUGUACAACUAGAAUUUUAAUAAAAAAAAACAA